CUUCACAGACCAAAAUUGAUCUAAACUUGUUCUUAGAUUACAUCACUAAAACUGACGUGUCAUUUGUCAAAUUUCGUUUCACCAAAACGUCAAGAUGACUCCUGAAUAGAGGGUUUUAUUUUAUUUUAAUUACACAAUUUUAAAAAUUUAUAUAAUGGUGCCUUUUUUAUAAAAUGUUAAGAGUCAGCUAUUAUGGAGAAUGAUAAUCUUGAGUUUACAUUACCCCCGGCCCCACGGGGUCUGUGUUUCGACCGCAAUGAUUUUGUUAAGACAAAUUUCUCCAUUGACAACUUCUUAGCAGACCACCAAAAUGUAGCUUCAUUGGAAACCAUGCGAGAUGACCUGGGUGUGUACUUGAAGGUGCUCCGUUUAGCUAUGAUAGAACUGAUCAACAAAGACUAUGCAAACUUUGUAAAUCUAUGUGCAACUCUCAUUGGAUUUGAUAAAGCUAUAGUAAAGAUUAAAGUGCCAUUGGGUCAGUUGAAUGAAGAAGUAUUGAAUGUAAAACAAAGUUUGGAUGAUGCUAUGAAAGAGUUAUCAAUGUGGCUGAGCCAAAGACAUGCUCUACAGAAAAAAAAGCAAUUGUUAAAGUAUUAUAGUCAAACUAUUAAUUGCAUGAAAACAUUGGAGAGCAUAUUAAAUAAUAUAUCAGAGAAAAGGAAGCAAGAGCAAAUAGUAUUAGCUGAUCGAGCUGCAAUGCAGUAUAAUCAACUUAAAUAUUCAGCAAUGAAGUGUGAGAAUUUAAUAAAAUCAGAACAGAAGUUUAAAAAUAAUAAAUUUGGAGAGAAACUUAUUGAAGUGUUAAAUGAUUUGCUUUUUCAAUUUUGGAAUGAGAAUGAUGAGGCCAAUCUCCUUAAAGUAUUGAUGUCAUUGGCUGUACUAGAUCGUGUUACAGAAACAGAGUGGCUUAUGAGGAAACAGGCUGUGGCACCUUUAUUACAAGACAUCAUAAAUGAGUCCACACUACAGAAAAGUAAAGAUGGUUUACUAGGAAUCUAUGCAAAGGUCCUGUCACUUUUAGACACAAAAUUAAAAUUAUUCUUGAUAGUAACUCAACAUUCCAAACUGACUUUUCUUAUUAACAAGUAUAAUUUCUUAGUGAACUGCUUUUGGUGUGAAGUUGAGAGCCGAAUAGAGGUGAAUCUAGCAUCUAUUUUUGCUCCUGGCAAUCCACAGAUUUUUUAUCAAAGAUAUAGUGAAAGUUUGCAAUUUGUAAAGAAGUUAGAAGAGUGGUGCAGCACUAAGAAAACAGUAAAACUUUUACGAAAUACAUCAGAAUUUAAAAGUUUUCAAAGGAGAUGGAAUCUCCCAGUGUAUUUUCAGAUUCGGUUCCAAGAAAUAGCAGGUGGUUUUGAAACAAUGUUGCAAAACUGUCCUACAAUUGAAAAUGGUGAAGGCUUUAUUUUGAAGGAAACUCACUCUUGUUGGAAAUCAUUAUUGGAAUGUUGGACAGAUGGAAUCUACAUAGAAGCUCUAGCUCACAAGUUCUGGAAACUUUCAUUGCAAUUACUGUCAAGAUAUGCAACUUGGGCAACUACAAUUUGUACUCAGAAAACUAUAAACCCUGCAGUUGACUCAAGUUUGUUGAAUAAAGUCCUCAUUGACAGUAUUAUUAACAUUUAUAUAGAUAUUCAGAUCUUAUUACAAAGAUUGCCUCAGUUUUUAUUGAUUGUUAAACCCAAAAUUUCAAUAAAAAAUGAUAAUUUACUGAGACAGAGUCUUAGUUCAUCAGAAAAAUUAUUGGAAGGAACAAAAGAUAAAAUUAGGGAAUGUAUUGUCAAAGAGUUGUUUGAUCAUUUCAAUCUACAGUUAAGACAAGUGAGUGACAUACCAAGAUUAUAUAGAAAAACCAAUCGGAGUAUUCCUACUAAACCCUGUACAUAUAUAGAAAUUGUAUCAAAAACGUUAUAUGAAUUUCAUAAUGAUGCUAAAAAGAGACUAGACAAUGCAUUCUUAGUUGAGUUAUAUGAAGCCUUAUUCAAUAUUAUGACUAUUUCAUAUUUUAAAUAUGUUGAGGAUGUGUUAACUUCAGUUCAAAAAACAGAAGAGUCACUGAGAAGACUGAAACAGAUACGUGAGAAAACGCAGCAACAAAUAAAUGAAGCAAGUGGGGUGACAGAUGGUGAUAAGAUCAGGCUACAACUUAAUGUAGAUGUAGCUUCAUAUGCAAAAAUGGCAGAGAAUCUACAUGUCAAUGUAAAUAGUGUGCACAAGUAUACAGAACUUUAUUCUAUGGUUACAGAAGCUGUAAAAAAUAUAGUUAUUAAAUGAUAUGGUC